UUGAUUUUGUUCUUUUAAAUUCGUGUGGAAUAUUUUAAAAUUCAAGAAAAUAUUAUUGUGUAAAAAAUGUCGGAAUUCGGUGAUGUUAUUCUAAAUUCUGGUGAUGUGAACCAAGUCAUUGCUGAUCUGAUUGGACGUUUUGUAAUGGAUUUGUAUCAUUCUUGCUUGAUUUCAAAGGAAAGUGGCUGGGUAAUUGAAAAACGCAUUGCACGUUCUAGAUUUCAGAGUUUUAUUAAGAAUAAAGAAAAUGCUGCGAUAAGCGAAACAUACAAAUUGCAAUAUACAAACGGCUAUGGUUAUAAUGAACUUGAUAAGGAAACUAUAGUGCAUCCAAAUGGUUAUGAAUGUUUAAACAAUAACAUUUUUGGCAAAAGUUUUUAA